UACACUUGAUUCGAGUCUUCCCAAUUGUUCUGUUGUUUCUACCUAUUGAUUCACCAAAAUGGGCAUCCCUCACUUUCUUUGUUUACCAUGUCCAAUUCAAGGACAUGUGAACCCCCUAAUGCAGUUUUCUCUUCUUUUGGCCAAACAUGGUUGCAAGGUCACUUUUGUCCACACAGAGUUCAACCACAGACGAGCCAAUACAGCAGGUGGUGACAACAUGGAGGAGGCACUAGUAGAGGUGGUGACUCUCCCUGAUGGUUUGGACCCUCAGGAUGACAGAAGCGAUGUGGCCAAACUUCUUUUUUCAAUGAAAAGCACCAUGCCUGCUCUGCUUCCAAAGCUCAUACAAGACAUUGAUGCCUCCGAUGUUGAGAACAAGAUAACAUGUAUAAUUGUUACCAUACAUAUGGGUUGGGCUUUGGAAGUAGGAAAUAAAAUGGGAAUCAAAGGGGCUCUUCUCAGUCCACCAUCUGCAACUUCCUUGGCUUUUGCUGCCUGCAUCCCAAACCUUAUUGAAGAUGGCAUUAUUGAUUCUCAUGAAAGAUGACAACAUAUCAGUUUCGUAUAAAGAUGACGACAGAUCAGGUAGAGCAUGGAUAAUGUCUACUUACAACUCGACCACAAAGUUAAAAUCUGACUAUCAACCAGUGCUACCACUACAAAAAUAUGUAAUUUUUCUAGGGGUUUUUUUCAGCAUUACCAGGGGUUUUAACCCCCAAAAAGCACAUUUCCCGCGGUUACAGCAAACCAUUGGGAAAACCACCGUCACAAAAUUACCGACAGUCUUAACCAGGGUUUUUGGAAAACCGCCGGUACUAGCCGGGGUUUCCAAAAAACCGCCGGUACUAGCCGGGGUUUCCAAAAAACCGCUGGUGCUAACCGGGGUUUCCGAAAAACCGCCAGUACUAACCGG